AUGGCAAGACGGUACAACACGGAGGAAGCGUUGCAAAUGAUCCUGGACCCCGAGUGCGAGGAUAGCGCCUCAUCAUCCACCGAGGAUUUGGGGGAUGACGCGGAGAUUUCUUCGGAGGAGGAAACGGAGGAGCUGGAGUCUGGUUCCGACUCAUAUGGAUCAGAGUCUGAAAAUGAGAGCGGAGAGAUGGAGGAAGAAUCAGCAGGGUGGAUUUCCAAAAAUGGAACAAAGUGGUCUCCGACAAACGCUGAGACGCUCCGCUAUGUUCCAGCGGCCACGGGACACACCGGACCUACUUUUCAUGCCACCGCCGGGAUCAGUGACCCACAAUCCAGUUUUUCUCUUUUUGUCACCGAUGAAAUUAUCCUGCAUAUCGUCUCAAUGACCAAUAUCCAGGGGAGACGUACUAUCGCUGACUGGAAAGAUGUGGACAGCGAUGGACUGCGUGCGGAGGUGGCCUUCAUGCAGUAUGUGCCCAAAAAGCCAGCAAAGUAUGGUCUGAAGGUAUGGGCGGUCUGCGACGUAGAGACGUCUUAUGCCUGGAGACUGCAGCUCUACACGGGCAAAGCAGUCGGUGGGAGCGAGAUCAACCAGGGGAUGCGAGUGGUUCUGGAGCUGACAGAGGGGCUCCAGGGACACAGUGUCACCUGUGACAAUUUUUUUACUUCCUUCCCUCUGUCAGAGGAGCUGCUCAGGCGAAAAAAUACCCUGGUUGGCACCAUUAGGAAGAACAAGCCCGAGCUUCCGCCACAACUGCUGCAGACAAGGGGGAGAGGAGUGUUUUCCGUCUUUGCUUUCACUACAACGCACACGGCCGUGUCAUACGUCCCCCGCUGCGGCAGAAAUGUCCUCCUGUUGAGCUCCAAACACCGCACUCCAGGAGUAUGCGACGACCCGAAGAGAAAGCCCCACAUAAUAAAGGAUUAUAACAAAUCUAAGGCUGUUGCCACCUACACCUGUAGGAGGCGAACGAGGCGGUGGCCGUUAGCCCUUUUCCACCACCUGAUCGACAUUUCGCUCUAUAAUGGUUACGUCCUGUGGACCGCGGUUGACCCAGCCUGGCAGCAAAGCAAAGCUUACAGAAGGAGGCUCUACAUCGACUUCCCCGCUCUUCCCAUUUGUGAAAAAUGCGCAGGGUGCUGCUGCUGCUGGUCCCUCUCCAGGCCCCUCUGCAGCCAUCAAAUCUAAGGUGAGGAAGCGAUGUGACCUUUGCGCAGGAAAAAGGAGGGUCGUUACCACCUGCUGCAAAUGUGGGAAGGCCACAUGCAAGGACCACAGCCUGACCAUCUGCAGCAACUGCUCCACCUGAGCAGGACUGCCCCCCCCAGCCCCCAUCUCGCACUCUUUAUCUCUUUCUCAUAUCUCUCAUACCUUUCCCCAUUCCAAACAGUAUAUGUUCAUUGUUCUAAAGUUCUAAAAAUAAA